AGGAACUCUUACACCAAUCAUAUUCCUCUAACCUUUAUUUGACCUAUAGUCAGCUGUCACUAAACGGCAGGAAGAUUAACGUUUGUUAUGAUAGACCCUUUCCCAAAAUCAACCUAACAGUUUUACUGUGCCCGCUUGAAAGACGAAACGCUGCGACCUGGAGAUGGAUAUUUCACUCCUCCUAAAUUUGGGCGUAUCGGGCGCCUGGUGACCCGUGCCGCUGCCAAGAGCGGUGAAGUUAACGUCGUCGCAAUCAACGACCCCUUCAUUGACCUGGACUACAUGGUCUACAUGUUCAAGUAUGACUCCACUCACGGUGUUUGGAAGCACAGUGAAGUGAGACAAGAGAAUGGCAAGCUGAUCAUUGGCAACCUGCACAUCACAGUUUUCCAUGAGAGGGACCCUUCCCAGAUCAAGUGGGGUGACGCUGGCGCUGACUACGUUGUUGAGUCUACUGGUGUGUUCACCACCAUCGACAAGGCCUCUGCUCACCUGCAGGGAGGUGCCAAGAGGGUCAUCAUCUCCGCCCCUAGCGCCGAUGCCCCCAUGUUCGUGAUGGGUGUCAACCACCAUCAAUACGAAAACUCCCUGAAGGUUGUCAGCAACGCCUCCUGCACAACUAACUGCCUGGCUCCCAUCGCCAAGGUUAUCAACGACAACUUCGGCAUCAUUGAGGGUCUGAUGAGCACAGUUCACGCCGUCACAGCCACACAGAAGACCGUUGACGGGCCUUCCGGUAAGCUGUGGAGAGAUGGCCGUGGUGCCAGCCAGAACAUUAUCCCUGCUUCCACUGGCGCCGCCAAGGCCGUGGGCAAGGUUAUCCCCGAGCUGAACGGCAAGCUGACCGGCAUGGCCUUCCGUGUCCCCACUCCCAACGUGUCCGUGGUUGACCUGACUGUCCGUCUUGAGAAGGCCGCCCCUUAUGAAGAGAUCAAGAGAGUCAUCAAGGAGGCCUCCAAAGGACCCAUGAAGGGAAUUCUGGGAUACACGGAGGACCAGGUGGUGUCCACAGACUUCAACGGCGACAAACGUUCCUCAAUCUUCGAUGCCGGGGCAGGCAUUGCACUCAACGACCACUUUGUCAAGCUGGUCUCAUGGUAUGACAAUGAGUACGGCUAUAGCAACCGCGUUAUUGACUUAUGUCUGCACAUGGCACUCAAAGAGUAACGUUUCCACAACACACCUCCAACCCCCCCAUGGCCUCUUCCUUCUCCUGAACGGACAUCCACUUCUCCUGAACGGACAUCCAACCAGUCCACCGCCAGAGAAAGAACCAAUAGUAAAGUCUAUAGCAAUGUUUUAUAAUAAGUCACAUUUCUGUUCAGAAGACGGAGUCUGGUUUUUGCCUGCAGAAUAUUCCUGUCCACCGCGCCGUCCCUUAGUUCACAAUAAAAGUCAUCUGUUUCAGAUUU